AUGAAUAUUACAUAACUAGAACUCUUUAAUCAAGCUUGUCAUUAAUAUAAGGGUAUGGUGAUUUCUUCUGAUUUCAUACAGGCAGCCCUUCUUAGUCGAUAUUAAAUAACUCCUGCUGAAUUUUUAAGACCAUUUCUACCUAGAAAAUUGUAAAGAUUGAAAUUGGGUUUAAGAGAGAAAGAAAAAGAGCUUAACAUAAAAUUAUUAGAUUUGAAAGAAUAUGAUUAGAUUGGAAAUGUAAAGUUGGACAAGUAUUCGCGUCUUUUAUUGGAGGAUACUCAAUUUGUGGAUUAAGUUUAAAUCUCAAGGAAUUGUAGCAAACAAGUUUUAGAUUAAAUUUGUGAUUAAAAUAAAAUGGCUGGGUUCUAGUAAUUGUAAUAAGUAGUUGGAGAUUGUUUAGGAUUCUAAUAUCAUUAUAAUUUUUUAGAUCAUCCAAUUGUAUUAUUUUAUAUAGUAAGUGGAUAAGAGAAAAAUUUGAUAUAAGAGAUUCAUAAAAUUAGAAAUGAGUCAAAUGGUUUGAUUAAGAUGAUUUUUAAGAAUAAUCUUAAUGAUUUGGAUAUGGUGAGUAAAGUGAUCAUAAUAUUGAAUGAUGCUUAAGAGAUAGUAUAAUAUGAAUCUCUUGAUUUAAUAUUUAAAGAAUUUAGUAAAUUUAGAGCAUAUACACUAAAAUACAAUUUACCUAAUCCAAUUGAAUAAACUCAUUGGUCUAGAUUUUCAUAUUAGAGAUACAAUUAUGAUGGUGAAGUUCCUAAACAUCCUUUAGGAAUAUUAGAUGAAUAAUGGACUAAAAUAUAUAGAUAAGUUGUUGAGGAAAUCAUAUUAUAAUAAGCAGUGAUUAUUUUGGAGAGACAAAUAAAUAUAUAAACAUAACUUUAUUAAGAAAUGAAAUAGAAAACAUUUGAUACAUUUUUGACAAGUAUUUUCAAUACAAGAACAGGUUAAUAAACAGAAACUGAGUAUAAAAUGAGUUAAAGAGAAUAACUAUUGAGAUUUUUGGGUGACAAUCAUUUUUUAAUGAAUGAUUAUGAAAGUGCUGCCACUUAUUAUAAAGGACUUAUAACAGAACUUAAAAAUAAUAAAACUAAUACAACUAUUGCUACUUUAUAUGCAACUGAGUAUUAUUUAUAUUCUAGAUUAUUGGCAUAAUAAAAAAUAGAUAAUUUAAAGAAUAUUUUUGAUGAAAUUUAAGUUGGAUAUCAUAAAAUUGUUCAUUUUCCAUAUAUGUUAAGAGUAAUGUUUUUUUAUAUUAUUACAAUUCAUAUGUUUGGAAAAUAUAGUAAAGAAUAAAUUUAUUUUCUUUAAAGAUUUCAUCGUUAUUUUAAGGAUUUAGGUAGUACUACAAAAAAAGAUUAUUUUGUAGUAUAUUAAAUAUUAGUAUAUGAAUAAAUUGCAUUCAUUCAUUUAAGAUUAGAUCCUCCAGAAUUUAGAAAAUUUGCUCAUAAUUUAACUUUGGUUGCUAAUAAAUAUGAAUCAGAGAAUUUUAAGAAACAUGCAUUAAGAUGUUUUAAAAUAGUUGAAUAAUUAUAUUAAUAAUCAAAAUGGGUUCCAUUAUUAUUUUGGUUGGAAGGUCAUAUAGGGGCUAAUUGUUUAGAGAAUCAAAGAAUUCAAGAAGCUAUUGAUUCAUUUAAAUUGGCAUUCAAUUAAUUAAAUGAAAGAUAAACAUUGGAAUUGCAUAAUUAAUUAGUUGUAGAUUGGAAAAAAGCAUAUACAUCAAUUGAAUAACUUUAAGAUCAUAGGAGAAAAUAUUUUACAUAAUCUAACACAAAUCUUAAAAUUCCAAUUGUCAAAGGACCUGUAGAUAUGUUAACACAUGGUUUAGAUGUAUUAGAUUCAAUUGUUCUUACUAAUAUUAAAUAAAAAUUUAAAAAUUUAUGGAAUACAGUUUCAAAGAAUGAAUCCUUUUUUGAAGAUGCAUCAAUAAGAAGUUUUGAUUCCAUCUAUUUAGAAGAAAGAAUUACAUGUUUUAAUAAAUCCCCUUGUAUUCUAAAUGCUGAUAAAAUUACAGAUCUAAUUGAUAAAAUUAAUAAAUUUGGAAGAUAAUGUUUUGCUGAAGAUACAAUAACAUUACGAUUUUUUAUUAAUUUACCUCUCAAAGUGCCCAGUUAUAUAAAUGGCUUAUAAGUUAUGUAUCAAUUUUACACACUUAAAGAGAAUCUUUUAGAUUUAGAAGCAAAUAAUGAAAAAGAAUAUAUACUUACAAAAAUAAAUACAUUAGAAAUAAAAGAUAUACCUUUUUAGAGAGCAGUAUAAGAAUACAUAGAAGUUUCUAUUACCCCUCCAUAAGCAGGAUAUUUAAUAAUAACAGGUUUGUAAUGGAAUUUUCUUAAUAUUCCUGCUUAAAUAUCAAUUAAUUAUGAUGCUAAAGAUCAAUCAAAAAAGAAGAGUGUAAAUUUUUACAAUAAGUUUAAAGUAUUUCCUAAAUUUAUUCCAAUUGAUAUUGAAUAUUAUACUAAACCAGUAAUUGCUUAUGGUGAAAUAAGACCUAUUCUUUUUAAAUUUACAAACAAAAAUCCUGAAGAAAUUGUAAUUCAUAUAACACCUAUUAUACCUUAUCAUUUUGGAUUUGAAGAGAAAAAGAUAAUUUUAAGUGCAUUUUAAGUUUUGGAAUAUUAAUUUUAUUUAAGAUGUAGUUUUUAGGAAGAGUUUGUUGGUUAAUUAUUAUUUAAAUAUUAAUAAGGUUAGAGUGGAGGAAUUAGAGUUUAAAAAUUGGAAAUUCCAAUGAAAGUAGACCCUAGUUUUAAGAUAUCAUUAUAAACAGAUUUAAUUGUAGAUUAUUGGAAAUUUACAUUAUAAGUAUAAGAUUAUUUUGGAGGGAAAGGCAAUUUAAAAUUUGAUAGAAUUCUAUGUUUGAAUGAAAAUUGGAAAUAUUUUGAUGUUCCUUAUCAAUCAAGUGGUGAUCCAUUUCUUUUAACUACUUUUAAGUUGAAGAAGAUUUAAACAAAGGAUUAUAGAUAUGAAGAAUAUUAAAAUAGACUAAAGGAAAGAUUUUAUAGAGAAGGUGAUAAUUUUAAUGAGAUAAUAUUGGGUGAUCAAGGUAUUCCUGCAGAUGUUGCAUUAGAUUUUGUAAAUUUGGAUAUAUAACAUUAUUUCAAUGUUUUUUAUUAGAAAUUGUCUAAUUAAAAAAUGGAAGAAUUCCCAUUAUUUAUUAUAGCAAGAUGGACAUAUAGAUUAGAGGAUGAAAUAAUAUAUGGAUUACAUGAAUUGCCAGUUUUGCAAUAAAAUUAUUUACAUAGAGAUGUGAAAGAAUUCCCUAUGUCUUUUUCUAUCACUGCUCCAUUUGAAGUAUAGCAUUAGAGUAUGAUUACAAUGGUUCCAAUAAAGAUAAGUUUCAAAAAUACUAAGUAUGUAGAUCCAAUAAGUUUUACUGUGACAUUAUUUAAUGGAGAUGAACCUUUAAAGUACAAUAAAAUAAUUAAUAAGGUCAAUAAAUGAUAUUUAAUAGCCAUUCUUUUUGUGGGAAGGAAUAUUGUAACACCAAAUAACUUUAAAGCCAUAGGAGAUGAAGGUACUGAAUUUGGAAAGUGUUUUUACAGAAAAAGGAGUCUAUGAUUUAAGUAGAUUUAGAUUGACUAUGCAUAAUAAAUAGUAAAACGAGUAUUACUCAAUUGAUCAUGAAACAGUUAUAAUAAAAAUUAUAUGA